AUGGCGCAGCCUGGAAAUCGCAAGGGAGGUAGGCGUCGCUCGAGCGGGGAGCAGGCGGUUAUUGUCGGAGUGCUGCUAACGCUGAUCUUUCUCGUUUACAACGGACGAUUUCCGUCUAUUUUUCCGUCUCGUACGAGCACCCCGUACGAAAACCUCAGCGCCACGGCGUUGCGCAAACUCCAGGCGGAGGAUGCGGCGCUCAUCGCGCCGGAAGGACCGGAGAGCGACGGAGGGAGCGAGAUAGCAUCUGACGCAGAGGAGGGGCCGUACUACAUGGAGCCGCGAGUCAAGGACUGGGACGAGCAGCGGCGCGCGUACAUCGCGGCGCGCCCGGGGAGCAACGCGACGCGCGACGGCAAGCCCAAGGUGAUGCUGGUCUCGGGCUCCAACAGCAAGCGGUGCGGCGAGGGACCCAACAGCGGCGACUUUUUGCUCCUCAAGUUCCUGAAGAACAAGCAGGACUACGCGCGCGUGAACGACAUGCCGUUUUAUUACGGCAUGGGCGCCAUUGACCCAAGGCUCAAGACGUUCUGGGUGAAGCUGCCCAUGCUGCGCAUGCUCAUGCUGCAGCACCCCGACGUGGAGUGGUUCUUCUGGGUUGACUCCGAUGCCAUGAUCACCGACAUGGCGUUCCGGUACCCCAUCGAGACGAAGGAAGGCAAGGUGCUGGUCAUGUCGGGGCUGGACGCUGACGUGUACGGCAAGAAGGACUGGGUGGCCCUCAACACAGGAAGCUUCCUCAUCCGCAACUCACAGGAAGGGUUAGAUCUGCUGGACGACUGGGGGCAGUACGGGCGGUCGGAGAAGGUCACUGUCAAGUGGGGCGAGAUCGCCAGCAGGGUGCUCCAGAAACGCAAGAACUGGCCAGCAGACGACCAGACGGCGCUGGUGCUGAUGCUGACGGGCGAGGGCGAGAAGGAGGAGGACAGGGCCAAGGGACUCAAGCCGCUGGCAGACCGCUGGGCUCCGCGCACUUUCCUGGACCCCACUAAUACUCUGCACGGCUUCUGGGUACUCUUCGUUGACAAGCUGGAGGCGAUAGCAGCCAAGUACCACAACGGGGUGGGCGACUGGGAGUGGCCCUUCACGGUGCACUUCACGGGGUGCAAGCUGUGCGACCGCAAGUUCUCUGACUAUGACCCCGACACGUGUGACCUCGGCAUCCACCGGUCGUACGCCUUCGCAGACAACCAGGUGCUCAAGAGGAACGGCCUCCAGUCGUACGCCUUCGCAGACAACCAGGUGCUCAAGAGGAACGGCGUGGAGCAAGGUGGUCUCGUGGAUGCAAUACGAGCCAUGCUCAUCACUCCCCACUGCUUCUUGUCCUCUUCGCCCCUCUGCUCCCUCACACACCCUCCCAGGUCAUUCGCCUUUGCAGACAACCAGGUGCUCAAGAGCGAUGAUAGCGGGAGCAGGCGACGGGAUUCGCCGGUUUCUGACGACGACCGGGACGACCGGCGGGGCGAUCGUGGGCGACGCGUGCGACGAAGGUAUUCGUCGGACGAGGAAGAGGAGGAGAGGAGAGAAGGAAGGGGGAAAGAGGAGAAGAGGAGGGAGAAGGCGAAGGGAGGAGAGUCGGACCGGCAUGCUUCGAAACAUGCGGAUCGGCGUCGGAGCGAGAAGCGGCGAUCUGCCAGCGACGACGACGAGGACGAAGAGGAGGAGAGGGGGAAGCGACGCGGCGGCGAUCGCGAUGGCGGGAAAAGCGGGAGAGGCGGGAGAGACAGUCGCAGCACAGGCGGGAGGCGGAGGAGGGGGAGCGAGUCCGCGAGUGAAAGCGAUUCGGAAUCGGAGGGGGAGAGGAAGAAGGGGCGGCGGAAAGGGGACGAGGAGGGGAGUGAGGGACGAGGCGCGAAGGGGGGCGGGCGGAGAGCGCGUGUACGGCGUAGCGGGAGUGACAGUAGCGAUGAUGAGGCGAAGGAGAGGAGACGGAACAGGCAUCGUGACCAGGAGGAGGAGGAGGAGGAUGAGCGAAGAGCUGGGAAAGCGGCGAGGGAGGAGAGAGCAAGAGGGAUCGAGUCGAGGACCAAAGCGCGUGGCACAGCUGCUGCUACUUCUCCUGCUGCUGCCACCACGGGGGCUACUACCAAGCCAGUGCGCGCCAAGCCAGCCCCACCAGCCAAGCCAGCCCAACCAGCGCGCGCGCAGCCACCCCUGGAUGCAGCAGCGCUGGCAGCAGAAGCUGCGCGCGCUGCUGCUGGUUUUGGCCCCUCCGCCCCCGCCUCUUCCGCCGCUCCCCCUCCCCUCCCGCACCCCCCAGCCCUCCCGCCGUCCUUCCCCCCUCCCCCGUCCGCCUCCGGGCCCCCCAUCCUGCCCCCUCCCCCACCACCCGCGCACUACCCCUUCUCCGCGCCUCCCCCUCCCCCGCUUGGCGGGCCCCCUCUGCGCGCCACCCCCCAUGCUGCCGGAAACGGGGCGGCGGCAGAGGGGAGGGUGGUUGCUGACGUGGACAGAUCCGUGGCAGGGGGGAGAGUACUUGCUGACGUGGACCCUGAGACGCUUCAGGCCAUGGAAGCAACGCAGAAGGCACUUGAGGCGAAGGAGGGGGAGAAGAAGAAGGCAGUGCAGCCAUCAUUUGAGCUGUCGGGCAAACUGGCUGAAGAAACCAACCGCUUCCGAGGUGUCGCGCUCGUGUACAAUGAGCCUCCUGAGGCGCGCAAGCCCUCCAUUCGCUGGCGGCUCUACGUCUUUAAAGACGGGGAGCCUUUCAAAGAGCCGCUCUACAUUCAUCGCCAAACAUGCUACCUCUUUGGCCGCGAGAGAAAAGUUGCAGACGUGCCAACAGACCAUCCAUCAUGCAGCAAGCAGCACGCCGUCAUUCAGUUCCGGCUAGUGGACAAGGAAGAACCGAGUGGGGAGAUGACUUCCCUUGUGAGGCCCUAUCUCAUGGAUCUCGGCAGCACCAACGGCACAUUCCUCAAU